AUGGCUUCUCACACAGAGGAAAUCGAAAAAUUUGCGUGGUCCGAUCUUCCCGUCGAAAUUGCUCCAAUAAUAAUCGAUAAAAUGGACACAAAAACUCGCUGCAAAUUCGGACAAACCUCAAACUUGUCUCAAUAUUUGGCCAAGGAUUCGAUGAAUUAUAUAUAUGGCUUGAAAAUCCACGAAUGUCGAGAAACAUACAAAAAACAAUUGAUUUUCUAUUUUGACGAGAAGAAAGAUUCGUGGGUUCCUGGAGAUUAUUGGUUGGAAUUUUUGAAAGUUGAAGGAGAUGAGAAUUUGACUGUUUUAUGUUAUAAAACAAAAGAAGAAGAAUCGAAGGAAAUAUUGAAAUGGUCUGAAAUUGUUGAAGGAAAACCGGAAGAUGUUCGGAUGAAAUAUAUCAGAGAAACUUUGGAGAAAUAUCCGAAAAUUAGAUAUUUGAGAAUUUUUGUGAGUUUUUACAAACUUUUUUUCAAAGUUUAGCUCAAAAGAAAUAGUUUUUGCUUUUUUUCAGGAUACCAAUAUUUCCCUGAACGAUUUCAACAUCAAAAACUUGAAAAAACUCGAAACUCUCGAUUUCGCCGAUCAUUUUCCACCAAUCGAUUCAGAAACCUUUGAAAACUUCAUUGGAUUCGAAAAAAUAUUGAAAUACAAGUAUUUGAGAGUUGCUGGAAUAACACUGUCUUUCGAGAAAAUUAUGGAAUUCACUGGAGAUCGAAUUCACGUCAAAUCCCCCGAUUUUGACCUCGAAAACAUCAAGAAAUAUCUGAAAAUGAUCAAAAAUGAGGAGAUUUGGCGGGAUUGUACACAGAUUAGUCGAAUUCACAAUCAUGAAGAAGGUUUUUUGGAACCAACCAGCAUUUUUGAGGGUUUGGAUGGUUUUGGAUAUCAAGAGGACUAUGAGUUAGUUUUUGGGGAACAAUUUUUUUUUUGAAAUCUCAAAGUUUUUUUUUGCAGAUCUUCAUGCCGUUUUAAUUUCGCUUCAAAAUCGGGUCGCAAAUUCCACGUGGAAUUCGAUCCCUCUUUCUUGGAAAUCGCUUUGGCCAGGGAGGGAUAUUACAACUCGAGGAGUGAAAAUUAG